GGUAACGCCACACUGGCAGCGCUGCGCAUACUUCCUGGUUACAGAUUGGGGAAACAAGGACAUUUUUGCAUAUUUUCUCUCUAAAUAUUUGUUGAAUCUCCUGUAACUUCAUACAGAGGGCACACAUAUAACAUGAAGUUUAUUUGUAAUCGUUUUAAAACAGCCAUGAACCGAUGGUCACUUAUAAAUGAAUGACUUGGGGAAAAGUGUGGACGUGAGCAUGAUAACGACCAGUUGAAGGACAGCUGCAUCAACCUACUUAUCUCAAUUAAACCUUAGGCCAGUGUGGAAGCACCACACACACCCAUCUGGAUAUUAGAGAUCUCAGCUGUCAGAGAGCCAAAAUGACUGUGUCAAACUGGGGUCUGAUCAUGAACGUUGUAAACAGCAUCGUGGGUGUGAGUGUCUUGACGAUGCCCUUCUGCUUCAAACAGUGUGGAAUUGUGUUGGGCACACUGUUGUUGUUCUUCUGUUCGUGGAUGACCCACCAGUCCUGCAUGUUUCUAGUCCACUCGGCUAGUAACACCAAACGCAGGACUUACGCUGGACUAGCUUUUCAUGCUUAUGGAAAACCAGGCAAGGCUCUUGUGGAAUUAAGCAUGAUUGGCCUCAUGUUGGGCACAUGCAUUGCUUUCUAUGUCGUCAUCGCAGAUCUGGGGUCCAACUUCUUUGCUCAGCUGCUUGGGCUGGAGGUGACGCGUAGCAUCCGUAUCGUGUUACUGAUUGCUGUGUCGCUGUUCAUUGUGCUACCACUCAGCUUGCAAAGAAACAUGAUGUCAUCAAUCCAGUCAUUUUCAGCCAUGGCACUUAUCUUCUACACACUCUUCAUGUUCACGAUAGUGUUGUCCUCUCUGCGUUACGGAAUAAUCAGUGGCUCCUGGGUGGAGCAAGUACAUCUGUGGCGCUUCAAGGGUGUCAUACAGUGUCUGCCAAUUAUCGCCACCACCUUCUGCUGCCACCCGAUGGUGCUCUCCUCCUUCAAACACGGCCUCCUCACUGGCCAGUGGCUGAACAAGGUCAUUUACGUUCGGUGGGACGGCGUCUUUCGCUGCAUCCCUAUCUGUGGCAUGGCAUUUGCCUGUCAGUCGCAAGUAUUGCCCACUUACGACAGCCUGGAUGAGCCCUCGGUGAAGAGAAUGAGCACAAUAUUCACCUCUUCGCUCAACGUGGUCACAACCUUCUACAUCACAGUGGGGUUCUUCGGUUAUGUGAGCUUCACAGAUAACAUUGCCGGGAACGUACUGAUGAACUUUCCAUCAAACCUGGUAACGGAAAUGAUCCGUGUGGGCUUCAUGAUGUCUGUGGCUGUGGGCUUUCCCAUGAUGAUCCUGCCCUGCAGACAGGCUAUCAACACCAUGCUAUUCGAGCAGCAGCAAAAGGAUGGCACCUUCGCUGCAGGUGGGUAUAUGCCACCCCUUCGCUUCAAAAGCAUCACUCUUUGCAUCGUUUUUGGCACCAUGUUGGGCGGCAUCCUCAUUCCUAAUGUGGAGACCAUCCUGGUGCCAACUAUGCCACACUUCCAUGCCUAUGAGUCUCUGCCCACAGGGUUACUUCCCAAACACUGGAGUCCACCCAAAUGGCUGGUUCUGUGGGUUGGUCUCGGCAUCCUGCUCAUCAGUACCUUCACCACGCUGUCCAUUUCCUCCAACGAGCCACAGAAAUUAAACCCCCCUCUGGAUGUCCCUGCAAAAACUGAGAACAAGCCUCCCAUCCUCAUUGCCCCUGAGAUGCCUGAAGUACAAGUGCAAGAGAAUAGACAGGAACCUGAUCCAGGAGAGAAGCCAGAUAGGCCACCAAUUGAGGUUGAACAGCCAGCAGAGAAGGCAGCAGCAGAGCCCCCUCAGAUUAAAGUACCUGUGGAAGUGGCUGAGCAAAACAAUAAGGAUGAAAAGGUUCAGCUGGUCCGACCUGAAGCAGGUGUUGCAGUCCCAGAAGGGGAAGCCCAUCGCCAUGAGCCGCCCAACCCUCAUGACAGAGUUCAGAUAGAUGAGAUCAAAAACCAGGAGGAACUGGAGGACGAAAAUAAACAACCUAUAGUUGUGGAGGAAGAAAAGAAACUGCCUGCUGGUGAGGAGGAGGAGCUUCUUGCUGAGCAGGGGGCGGGGCAAGCACAAGAGGUGGAAGCUGUAAAAGAGGAGGAGUUAAAAGAAAAAGAAGAUACAGUGAAAAGGGCUGUCGAUCAGGACCAGCUUGCAGUUAAUGAAGUGUUGGAUAAGGCAAAAAAUCCAGAGGAUCUGAAGAAGGUUGAGCCCUUGGUGGUCCAUAAAGAACCAGAAAACCUGCCUGAAGUGAAGGAACCGCAUGAUGAGAAUGAAGCGCCCCGAGAGAAGAAGCCAGAGGAGAUGGACAAAGCCCCUGAACCCCAGGGUGAGAAAUUGAAGGAGAAGUUUCUUGUGCAGGAGCAUAAGGAACAGAAGGUUCCAGAUGAAAAGGAUGAAGGGGUGGACAAGGAUGGAGAUGGGGACAAGAUGGAAGUGAUUAAAAAGAUUGUUGCAGAGGGUCAGUUGGACCAUGCUGUGCUGCUCCAGGUAAUUAAGGAGCAGCAGGAACAGCAGAAAAGGCUUCUGGACCAACAGGAAAAACUCCUGGCUGUAAUUGAGGAGCAACACAAGGAGAUCCACCAAAUUAAGGAGGGAGAAGAAGAACCAAAGGCACUAGAACAGCAGAAAAUACAUGUGGACCAUGAGGAAAAACACUUAGAUGUGAAUGAGGAGGUCCAUCAAGUGAAAGAAGGAGAAGCUGAGCCAAAGGCAGCAGCAGGAGAGGGUGUAGGUGAGGUGGAGAACGUAGCUGCAGCUGUCGCAGGGCCUGAAGACCCAGAAGCAAAAGAGGCUCACGUCGCAGUUGGUCUUCCCGGCAAUGCCCUUGAAUCGUUGCUAGAUGCAGGUGUUAAAGUUCCCAAGGAGGAGGAGCUGAAAAACAAAGCAGGGCACGAGGGAGCACUACCUCCAGAGGUCGGUGCCCGAGGUGUUCCUCUGCGUCCUCGAGAACCAGAACUGCCCAAAAUCAAUCCUGACACUCUUGCAGAAGAGGAGGAGAGAGUGAGGCAGAAAUUGGCCCAACUGGAGGCAGAGAAGGAGAGAAUUGAGAAAGAAAAGUUGGAGAAGGAAAGGAUUGAGAAGGAGGUGCAGGCCCGUGUCGAGAAGGAGCGGAAGGAACGAGAAAGACGAGAGGAACUGGCACGUGAGCAGGAGCUAGAACGUGUGCGGCAGCAAAAGGAACAGCUAGAGAAGGAAAGGCUUGAAGCGGAAAGAUCGAAACUUGAAAGAGAGAAGAUGGAUAAAGAGAUCAUGGAGCGUGCCGAGAAGGAGAAAAGAUUGUUGGAGCAGAAGGAGCGGCUCGACCAGCUGCAGCAGGUCAUCGAUGCGCGACAUGUGCAGCAGGGCAAGGGAAGUCUCGAGGAUGAGAGUUUGAAACGGGAACGAGAGAAGACUGAUAAAGAGAUCAUGGAGCGUGCAGAGAAAGAGAAAAGGAUACUCAAGCAGAAAGUACAACUAGAAAAACUACAGCAGGUCAUUGAUGCAAAGAAGGAUGAUAAUGAACACAAAGCAGAAGUCCUGCAAAUGCCUAAGCAAAAAGGAGGCAGGGACUUGAAGGAGAAUAUAAUUCCACCAGAAGAGGAGAAGAAAGGGGAAAAGAGGAGCAGAGAGGAUGGAGGGGUGGACCUUAAGAGGAGACGCAGAGCUGUGAACCCUGAGGGCGGAGGAGACGCUGACCUGGAUCUUCUGCGGGACACGGGAGGUUUAGACUUACACGCUGACCUAAAGGGGCAGCUCCUGGCGGGAUCUCUGGUUCACACACGCCAGCUUAAACAGACGUUUCAGAGGCAGGAGAGUGAAGACUAGAGUAGGUUGUUCCAGAAUUACAACCUCUGGAACCCAGUAAACUUCUCAGUGGACCUCUCAAAUGGAUGUGCAGAAAUCCUCACUCAAAACCUUACGUGAUUUGGCAGUGAGACGAAUCUCUUUACUUCUCAUUUGAAAAGUUGAUGCUUUUAUCUAAGACUUCUAACAUUCCUUUUGGGUUCAUGAUGACAGUGGGCACUUUGAUUUGAUCCUUUAGUUGUCCGCCAGGAACACUGACUCCAUAGUCCCUUAUGAGCUUCCAUUAUUGUUUUGUGAGAGAUUUUGCUGAAUCUGGUGCAAUAAAAGGAAUGUCUGGUGUAAUAAACUGAGCAGGCAUCACAUUAAAAACGGACCUUGACGGGCACACGGGGCACUUCAGAAUAUUGUGUUUUGGACCGCCGCAUAGGAAAACGGCACAAGUGUUCUCCCUUGUGGCUGCUAUGGUAAAUUGUUUGGCAAGUUCUAAAAUGUAAUGUCACUAUUGCAUACUACCUUAUUGAAGUUUUAUCUUCUGUGAAUGAAAAUAGAAGCCAAAUUAAUAUGAGAUACGGUUUUUAAAAAAUUCAACUUUUAUCUUCUUCUCUAGGAACUAUUGAACCAUUUACUGCACCGUAGUGUUUUCAGUCUUCUAUUCUGUAUAAUGAAAAUGGAGUGUUAAUGUUACCUUGGCCAACAUGUUCAAUGGUCCGUCUGGUUGCUAGAAUAGUGACAUGUUCUUAUCUGAAACUACGGUCACUCUACGUUAAGAUAUCUUUGUUGUAUUUUCCAGUGUACUGAUGGAAUAUUAAGUGCUAUUGAAAAGUCUUGGGAAUCCAGGCUGAGACUUCUUUAAUGGUUUUCAGAAAAAGCCUGAUGAAAUCAUAUUUUAUUUUUUAUUUGUCCAAAGUCCUUUAUUCAUUUAUUUUUAUUUUUUUGCAAUUGUAGUUUGUCUUUCAAAGGAGUGUGUGUGCGCGCGCCUUCAGGAUCAGAUUUUCCUUCCAUAUAGUUAACUGUUAUAACUAGUAGUUAGUCAGACCAGCUAUAAGUGAAUGAAAUAUUUGAAUAAUUUAUGUUUCGAUUUUUUUUCUUCUGGUUGUUUCAAUGUGUUUAAAUUGUCUGUGACUCUGUUUUAUCACGUUGUUAAAGUACUCAACUGUCAUCUUUUGUGGUUGAUCUGAAAUUGGACCUUACAUGUAUUCCAGAUUUAGUGUUGAACAUAACAUGACUGUUUCCCAAAGUCAGUUCCUUGUUUUCACUGUGCAAUGGGUUUCUUUUCAGGGUUGCAUUGCUUUUCUCUUGAACAUUCCAUAUUUUUGCCUAUGAAGAUAUGAUUCUGGUCAGUGCCUUAUGGGGUUUCUGUAGUGAUGAGUAUGUGAAGUCUGUUACACCUACACUGUGUGUGGAUUGUAACUUUUUGUCCCCUAUCUGCAGUUUCUAUACCUUGCUGGUUAAACUUGUCAGUGACUGUAUUCUCUUGAUGAAUUUCCUGAUCUCGCUUUUGGGGAUCAUUUUCCUAUUUCAAAAGAACAUAAAUAUAUAGAGAUAUGGUCAUAUGAGUUUCAUGGAAUGCUGUCUGUCUGUCUUGUCAGUAACACUGCUCACUCAUCCAUAUACAGGUGUUUAGUUACAAGAUGUGUAGAUCUCUUUAAAAAAAAAAAAAAA